AUGGAAGCCCUGACGGAGCUCUGCGACCUCAUCGCUGCCAAUCCCGGGCAGUUUGCGGACAAGCUUGCAUGGAUCUGCAGCCGGUGUCCUCCACAGGGGUCCCUCCUGGGGGCCAGGGUGCCUCCUCGCGCUUCCCGCUCCCAGCUCAACGCUCUGCUCGCCAUCGCCCGGUUUCUCUCUCGGUGCCCUGGCGCGGAAGCCGAGUCCCACUCCGCGGCAGCUUCGUCCGCCUCCACUGCCCGAUCCAUCGUCAUCGAGUUUCUGCGCGCUGCGCCGUCCGCUGCCUUCCGGUCGUCAUUCUGGCCGCAGUCCUGCCCCAUCGAGUCUAUCUCCACUUUCUUCACCGAUUUCCUACGUUACAUUACUGCCGCGGCUGAGGUCUCCCCUGAAUUUUCCUCCGAGAUCGCCAAGUUCUUUGGCGGAACCUUGAUCGCUGCUGCCGAGGCAUCGGGUUCGGACGCCGUUCUCUCCAGAUUGUUCUUGCUUGCCGCGUCCGAGAACUGUCCCCCGAUCCUGACCGCUGAUGCUGAGCGGCUCCUUGAACGCCUCCUAGAUCAGUUCAGGGGGUCCACAGAGAUAGAGGACUUGCUGUCAACCUCGUCUUCCGAGAACUCGGCCUGGAGCUCAUCAGCACAGAGCACGCCGUCCAAGGUGAAGAUCAAAGAUGAGGACAAGGAAAUUGCAGAGGACGGGGAUAGUGAUGCGUUAUCAAGGGUGAAUGGGAGCGCUGUUUCCGGGAGGAGCAGCGUGGAUCAGUUAUCGGGGUCCAAUGAAAUCGUAGGUGGAGGGUCAGCAGCGAGGCAGCACGUUAUGGCAUUCGAAGAAGAACAGAUUGAGGGCUUGGAAAAGCAAGAGAUUGCAUUUAAACUGUUCGGCCAUAUUUUAGACAGGGGUGUGGUGGUAAAGACUGGGUAUUUGGAGCAAGUGAGGAAGGUGGCUUCCAGGCAGCUCAAAUUCUUGCCAAUUUUUCUCAAGGUUAGAAGGCUGUUCUCUACUUACAUCUUAACCAUGUUUAUCAAACUCAUUGGUCGAAACUCAUGUUCAAGACAGAUAUUGAUCCAUGGUCUUUCUCGUUCUUUUCCUUUGAAGAAAUCAUUUGGAUCUGUUCCACUUAAGGAUAUAUUUCAUUUUUAAUUUUUUUCUAAGUACAAGUGCGGUUUCUUUCAUCGUAGAUUCGGAAGAAUGAGUGGCGAGAACAAGGAUCACAGCUGAAAAUGAGGAUAAAUACGAAGUUAUCUGCUUGUAAGGCAGCAACAAUUGUGCAGAUAAAAAGCCUUCUUUCUCUGGAGUAUGAUGGGAAAACUUCAAAGGACUUGUUGCGCAGGACACUCGCUUUGCUCCUGGAUGCUGCAGAAGCUUGUGUACUCUCAUCUUGGAGGAAGUUGAAAAUCUGUGAAGAACUUUUCAGCUCGUUGCUUAAUGGAAUCACUCAAAUAACAGUAACACGUGGAGGGCAACUGUUAAGGGUGUUGCUUAUUCCCCUAAAACCACUCGUGCUGACUACAUGUGCUCAAGUAUGUUAUUUGACACUCAUUAAACUUCGCCCAUUCAACCUUACUAUACUGACUGACUAGUGCUUCCUAUUGCAGGCUGAUAUGUGGGGAAGCAGUCGAGGAGCAAUGUUUGAGACCAUUACCAAGAUCAGCUGCGAAAUAAUUGAAUUUGGCUGGAGCAAAGAUAGAGCCCUUGUAGAUACAUUUAUCAUGGGAUUAGCUGCAUGCCUUCGUGAAAGGAAUGAUUAUGAAGAGCAGGUUUGUUUUACAGUUGGUAUUAUUGGAAAAAAAACAUUUUUCUCUAGGCAUUGUGCUUUAAUUCUUUCGAGGUCUUACAUCAAGAUCACAAGUAUCAAGUUUAUUAUUUGUGGAUCUAUGGUGUUGAUCAUGCAUAAUUCUUAGAUGCCUAUUCUCUCCUUUUCUAUUUAUCCUCUUUGGUAAAUUGGUUGAUUGCAUGUUUCUCAUAAAACCAUUCUCGCCAUAAAUUUAAUGUUCCUUAUCUUUCAUUUCCAAAAUAGACAUUCAUAUUUGAAUUUGGAGAAUUAGGGUUGAAUCACUGAUUAAACGUUCUUUCUUAAACUAUUUAAAAUUUUGACACGUUCAAAAUCCGUGCAAUCCCGAAUUCAGUGCUCAAGAACAUAGCCCAAUCCACUCUUUAUAUAUUUUAAGGGAAGGAAUUUUUCAAACGAACUUGUUCAACUUGACUGGCAAGUUAGAGUUAGUUAAGUAGGUGCUUGUAUUGAUUAGCGAGAGUGCUUAAUAAAUACGCAACUUGCGUGCUACCUUGUCAUUAAUUCCCUCCUAAGUCAUCAGGUAGAAAGAAAGCUGGAGAGUAUGUUGACUGACCCAUGGUUUUGAUUCUAUGAGUAUGGAUCAAGUUAGAACCUUGUAGCAUACCGACUCUGACUUUUCGAUGAAUUGUUUCUGAGCGUACCUGAUAAAAGCAUGCUUUGAAGAAUGGAAAAUAAAUGGUAGCAUAUUGAGAACCUGAAGAAGUUAUAAACGCUUUAAGAAAACCUAAGUCAAUCCCAAAGUGAGAAUGCUGUAUAGAUUGUCUGAGCUAUUAUUUUUAGAGUUCAUUACCAUACCAGCAAAAACUGUACAUGGGUUCAUAUUCCUAAAAUUUUAGUUUGAAUGAAGCAGAUGAAAUUUUGAUUCUCUCGAUUUGUUAUCGACAAUUUCUAUUAAAAUUUUCUUUUUGAAGGAAAACUCCUCCACUAUUGUCAAACAGAAUAUGAACGAUGCAGUUACACUGGUGGUAUAAUGAUAUGAAAUAAAGACAAUUUCCUUUUCUUUCCCCAGAGAAAACCAGUCAAGUAAUAAAUAUCCAUCAACUUCAUAGAGCGCAGAAGAAAGGUCUUUGACAGCGGAUUUGAAAACUUUAACCAAAAUAGUGACAGCCAAAUGAGUGAAUAAUUACAAAUAUUUUCGCAUUUUAAUUGUAUGCGGAUAAUUUCUUCCACUUUCACAGCUGUUGCUCCGUUUUCUAUGAUAUAUAUGCUGCCGUGUUGGAGCUUUCUUGAAAUAAUUUUCAUUUUGGGCUAUACGAUUUCAUUUAGCUAUCUCAAAGCAGUUAUAUCAGCUAUAUCACUUCAGGUGGCAAGGCGUUCUUGUGUGAUUUUGAAAUGAGGAGUUUCUUAAUAUCUUGUUUGAAUUUUGGAGUUCCGGUGGUGCAUCCUGUUGUGAAUCAUGAUUAAAUCCAAAGCUGUGUUGACACCGAUCUCAUGAAUUUUGGACAGUUGCUGUUGCUCAUUGAGCCGAGAGUAGUGUCUGUUUUUUGUUGUUGAGUAUUAAGAUUAAGGGAGGUCAGUAAACUGAAAAAAAAGGACUAUUUUGGGAUCUAUGGAUUGAAGACCUUUGAGUGAAAUAAAUUGCAUACUAUGUAAAAAAAUUAAAUUGGAAUGAAUUUAGUAUAUUUUCUUGACUCAUUCGUUUGAAUUGUGUCCAUAACAUCUUUUUCUUUGCAAUUAUGUGUGAGACCGGAAAGUAAGCCAUAUUAAGACUUUUUUGUAGUGUAAAGACAUAUAUUGGCUGAAGAGUUUGGAGUGCUACACCACCUAGCUCUGAGCAUUCAACAAUGUGCUAUUAGAUGGAUGGCUAUAGAUUCUCAGGAGUGGAUAGGCAUUGUUUCUGAGAUGGUCACAAAAAAUAAUUCAGCUUUAAAUGUACAGUAAUUAUACUCUUACAACAACUCCACUGUCUACAAAAUAUCAUUUGAAACUGCUGAAGCAGCUGAGGAAUUCAGGUUGCAGCGUCAAGUAAAGAUUUGGAUGAUCCUUCUGGGCAACUGUUGGCUGUGAUGCAGACCAUUCAAAGUGAGCCAUUUCCUUGAUUACUCAAUAUUAUGGAAUGUGCAACAGACUAUAGGACUUGGACCUGAGGGAGCAUUGGCGACACUGAACAUGAGUCAUUGCCCGAACGGGAAUUAGAUGCUUACACUGGAAGUAAUGCUAUGAUUUUCAAUAGACCAAAAAUUGUUAUGGGAAUUAGAUGCACCACUCUGAAUCACAGCAUUAAUGUACAUGUUUUCAGUCUGAUUGUCCAUCCUCAUGAACAGAUUAAAGCUGGAUGAUUUUUUCAUAUGCCUUUAUAAUGGAACUGCUCUUUGGAAAUUAAAUUCUUCUUUGUGGUUACCCACGUAGGAUGAAGUAAAUACAAGGGAUAAUACAAGGAGAACAAGCAUGGAUACUCUUUUACCUUCAGAAUGGGCAGAAACGAGAAAGAGAUUUUCCUGAUACUUCAUAAAUAGCAGCAAAUCUCCAUCUGAAUGACCUAACUAAAAUGCUCAAUGUAAAGAAAAGAAGAAAACGAGAGGAAAAGGAACCAAAUCGCUGAAAUGAACGAUUUCUAUUAUCAUAUUGGACGUCGUUGAAGUUUAGGGGAAAUGCAUGGCGGUGAGCUGGUGAAAACAUGCAUAGUAUAUAUGAAAAAAGAUGAUGUAAAUUAUGGGACUGGCUGGGUGUGUGAUUGCUACUUAUUCGGUUUUAUGGAAGCAAAAGGGUUUCAUGUUCGUAAUAUUCUAAUAUUUUCUCUAAAAUUACUUGAGAGGGUGGUUGCUCUGUGAGGUACCUAUCUUGUCGGAUCUCAUUUCAUUGAUUUUGUUCUCUUAGUCUAGUAUGAACACUUCUUUGUAUGAGGUAGUACCUGAUGCCCUUUUGAAUACCCUUUCAUUGACCAAGUGGCGAUUUAUCUUGCAUGCAACAUUGUAUUGAACAUCUGUUACCACUGGAUCGUUGAAUUCUUUUUAUGUGGGUUUGUUCUGCUUGCAGUAUCUGCAAUAUGUGAUUUCAUAUUCUUGCUCCUUUUCAUUUACUUGUCUCUGAUGUUUCACAUGUGCAUUGCCAGGACAGGAAAGAAAAACAGGCUGUCCCCGUGAUGCAACUUAAUCUUAUACGAUUGCUGGCAGAUUUGUCUGUUUCUGUCAAUAAGUGGGAAGUCGUAGACAUGAUCUUGCCUUUGUUUAUUGAAAGCCUAGAAGAGGGCGAUGCUUUGGCACCAAGUGCCUUGCGACUCCAGGUAAUGUAAUGAUCUAUUUCUGUGCACGGGGUAUCGUACAUACAUUAUUUUCUGGAUUUCCUUAGUUUCUUUGAUUUUUUUUAUAUAUCUUGGAUUUUUACUAUAUUUGUGAUAUCGGAUAUUUCUCAAAUAAUAUCCAAAAUGUCAGUUACUUGAUGCCGUUUCUCGCAUUGCCUGCUUGGGAUUUGAGAAGUCUUACCGAGAAACAGUUGUUUUGAUGACAAGAAGCUAUUUGGAUAAACUCAAAACCGUAGGAUCUGCAGAAAGUAAAACAUUACCUCCAGAAGCCACUGCCGAGCGAGUAGAGGUCUGUAUCAUUUUUUUUCCCUCUCUACCUGUCAAUUUAUUUCCAUGUGUGUCAACAAUGUGUUUCUGUCACAGAUGAUGUUUUAAAAUCUUCUGACAUGCUAUUUUUGCAUUUUAUGGGCGCCUUUGCAAUUUUCUAUGUCACAUAUUGCUGACUACUUCUGUUAAUGGUCCAGACUCUUCCUGAAGGAUUCCUUCUGGUCGCAUCUCGCCUUAGGAGCUCAAAAUUGAGGUCAGAUUAUCGCUAUAGGUUGCUAUCUCUAUGCUCUGAUGUUGGACUUGCUGCUGAAUCAAAAACUGGAAGGUCAGCCAAUUUUAAAGAUACUGUGCGAGUCUUUGUUAUCACAUGAAUACACUGAUUAUUUCAAACCUGUGGGACAUAACCCAAAUUAUUUUUCUGGGUUAGGGAUUCUCAUUGAUACAUCUUUUUUCUAACACUUUGAUUCAACAGAAGUGGAGCUGAUUUCUUAGGACCUCUCCUUCCAGCUGUUGCUGAAAUUUGUUCUGAUUUUAUUCCAACCUCAGAGAUUGAACCUUCACUUCUGAAGUUGUUCCGAAACCUGUGGUUCUACAUUGUUCUAUUUGGGUUGGCACCUCCAAUUCAGCAGAGUCAAACGCCAGUCAAACCAAUCUCAACUACGUUGAACAGUUCAGGAAGUGUAAGCAUUGUGGCACUUCAAGCUGUGACUGGACCAUACAUGUGGAAUGAUCGGUGGUCUACUGCUGUUAAGCAUAUUGCACCACACACUCCAUCUCUUGUAAGAUAUUCUCACCCUUUGUUUUGAACAAUAAUUCUUUAUGUUGAUAAUUUUUUUAAUCAUAUUUUUUCAGUCUAUUUUGGUAACUCAAUGACUCUUUUUACCUCCGUACUAUGUGGAUGCCUUCCUAUCCAUGCCAUGCACAAGUAAAUAGUCAAUAGGACUUGGAUACCUUAAACGAAUGAGUUUCAAGAACUGUGACUCAGUGUUGAUUAGAGAGAGCAAAAAUCCAACCUUGAAUCCACAAAGCAAUAAUUUUGAUGUAUAAAUUGUGUUCUGAAUCGUUUUGACAAUGCAAAAGAAUACUUCAGCUUUUCUUUUAUACAAUACCUAAUCCAGCAUGGGAUACUUCAUCAAUCAGCAUGUCCUCAUACUCAGCAAAAUGGAGUCAACCACAGAAUUGAAAACUUGAACCUUUGAAUCCACAAGGGUAUGAUAGGUUCGACCUUGAAUCAACAAGAUUGAGAGGGUUCCUUAAAUCCAAAAGAGAGAGGUGUUUAAGUUCACAAGCAAAGAGGAACACUGAAAAGAGAGAAAAAAAACUCGUAAUAACUCAAUCUGCCUUGGGGUUCAAUGUGUGGGCCUGAAAGUAGACCUAAAAAGGAAGUGGGAUGUCUUCAGAAUGAUACAGAUUUUGGAACAUAAUCAUUAUAAAUUCUGAGCGCAUCAUUGAAACAGAAAACAGAAAUAGAAAGAAGAAUCUGAACAAGAAACAUAGACAAAACGUAAUAAGCUCUGCCCAACAAAUUGGAUUUGACUGGAUGGGCCCUUUUAGUCUUCUCGUUUUACAUCUCAUUUCUUGAGUGGAUGGGCCUCUGGUUUUUGGCUUCUCCUGCUUCUGUGUACUCUGGGCUACAUCAGAUUGUCCGUAUACCGUAUGCAGAUUGGGGCAUCUUUAAUCAGUAAUGAGUGACAGCUGAAUAAGUUGACAUUGUCUCCAUCAUUGAACUUUGCUUGUGAAGCUUGAUAACCUGGUUCAAGUGAAUGACGAUAAUGGGCAGGGGGAAAAUAUAGCAAUACCACCUGACAGAAUGGCUGGGCUUUGGUACAAGGAAGAAAAUGUAUUCUGUUUGUGCCUGUGGCCAUUGAUGUCUAGGUUAUGACCUGAUGAUAUUUUUCUUCAAGGCUUCUCCUCAAAAAGAAAUAUAUCUUUCUACAUGUUACUUUUUAUGAUUUGUGCGAUGGUUUUUCAGUCACUUCCAUAAAUGGUGUGCUCGUUACUUCCUCUCCCUUGUGUGAAAAAUAAGCUUCACUGCAUGCUGAAUAAUUACUUGCGUCAGAUUAGGUAACGUUUCAUGUACAUUAUGGAUGGUUGCAGGUCCUUUUGAAUGUCUGUAACAUGGAAUUCCACGUGUUCUUCUAGAUUGGUCUUCAAGAUUCCACUUGUUAACUGACAGAGAUUUAUCAUGCUUUUUAUGUUGUUCAUAGACAUAAUAUCUUUUUUUGGCCUCACGUUACUUUGCUGUUCAAUAUCCCUGUAGGUUGUUAGCUCAGUGAAAUGGCUCGAAGAUGAGUUGGAAUUAAAUGCUCUACAUAAUCCUGACAGUCGACGGGGUAGUGGGAAUGAGAAAGUUGCUUCUACGCAAAGAGCUGCUCUUUCAACAGCACUAGGAGGCCGAGUUGAAGUGGCAGGAAUGAGUACAAUAUCAGGUCUCACCUUAAACUGACCUCAUGUUUCAUUUUGUUGGUGCAUUCUGCUAUUUGAUGCCGUUUCUCCAUGCCUCCUUUAAUGUAUGAUGCUUCCCUUCUCUGUGUUUAUUCCUCAGCUCCCUUAUCCCUCCUGGGGUUAGGGUGCUCUAGCAAAUUUCAUAAAACGCAGAUGGUAUGGUAGACGUCAUGAAGAAGACAUUUUUUCUAUUGUACAGCCUGACCUUCAGACAUCAAAAUGGCUCAACAAGGGAUUAAACUAUAGCCUUCGAGUAUACAGAACCAUGGGUAGAUUAAACAUCCAUAUCUAACUUAAAAAGGUACCAGGGGGGACCUGAAGUGUAGCAGUCAACUCGGGUGAUUGAAUGAACCAGACCAACAAUGAUUGACCCACCAACCAAGUGGAUGUUAAAGUCUCAUAUCCGUUGCUGUUAUUAUUAAGAGUCUGUGGAUUGAAUUUAGUUGUGGACUGAUAGUAUCUAUUUCUCUGUUGGGAAAGCUCCUCACACAACAAGCAUAAAAAGAUUGGCUGAGGUUGUACCUCUUGUCUUUAUGAUGAUUUGUUGGGAAUGGAAAAAACUAGAUGAACUUCCAGGACUCAUUCCAUGAAGCUUGUCAAUUUUCAUAGGGUUGCAUUAAACUUCAUAAUGGAUUGUGCAGGUGUACCGGCUGUAACAGCAUUCUUAACUCAUUACUGAUGCAUUCUUAACGGCAGCCUCAUUGUGUCCUUUUUUGAGCUAUGCUAUCAUUUUUAUAAUUGAUGUAUGGAGAGGGUUUUUCUUUCUUCUUUUUUGGCAUAUACUAGUUUUGCGAUAUAUUUUAUGUUAUUAGGUGUGAAGACAGUAACAUCUUUACUGAAGAGAUGUUUUUUUCUUCUCUUAAAGUGCCUUGCUUUGUAAAAGAAAACUGAAGGCAUCUCUGGAUGUGGUUCUACAACAAAAACCAGCCCUGUUCCAAUGAAACUUUAUAGAGAUGAAAAUAAAAUCAAUAUUGCUUUAAAUGUGAUAUUGAAACUAUAUCCAUUUCAAGUUCAAUAUCAUGUUCUUAUGGUUUCGCUGCCUUAUUCUUUCCUUUUAUCUUUUCAAUACAAAUAGAAUUUCAUCGAGUUUUUAUCUGCAGGAGUAAAAGCCACAUAUCUUCUCGCAGUUGCUUUUUUGGAGAUCAUACGGUUCCGUUGUAAUGGUGGCAUCCUUUCUGGAGACACUGGUUCUCUCACAUCGAGGAGUGCCUUCAACUGUGUGUUUGAAUACCUUCGGACACCAAAUUUGAUGCCAGCUGUUUGCCAGUGUUUGACUGCCAUAGUCCAUAGAGCUUUUGAAACAGCAGUAUCAUGGCUGGUACCCCUAUUCACUCAUGGGUGUUCCUUUUAUCAUGUUUUUUACAUCUAGCUUAUUCUGCUAUUCAUACUUAAUUUUUUUAACAUUUUGAUUAUAAAUCUGGUGAUCUGACAUCUUUGAUUCAGCUUGUUACUUGAUACUUGGUGGGAAAAUAUAUUCGAGGAGAAAUCUGCAGCCUUUUAUCUUUUAAUGCUCUCCUUUCUAGACUAUUUUCACCUUUUAUGGAAAAUUGUGUGUGCUGAUCUAGAGGCAUUCAACUUGGUCAUGACGUAAGUCAUCACUCUCUGGAGCGAGGGGGCAUGUAUGCUGUGAAUCUCAAUGAUUGGGAUGGGGAUUAGGUUGCAUGUGCUUGAUGGCAUAUUUCGUAUAUUGAUCGAGGAAUGUCAGCCCAUGUUCAUAUGUGUUUACAUAGGAAGAAUAGUCUCCUUAGUAGCAUAAAUUUAUGAUAUUAGUGAACUGUUGGGGAUUUAUUUGGAUGGUAUCAAGGGUUCAGAUUUCGAUAUGGGAUGAUUUAUUCUGAGUUAUGCUGAAUCAUAUGAGGUUAUUAAAAAAAAUCCCUUCCAUUUUGUGAAACACCGUUGGAAUUAUACUUGGAUGAGUUGUUUGGCCGUUAUUGUGGUGUGUACACCUCUUAUGAUAUACUCGUGAUCAAUGCCAGUGUGUGGAACAAAUUUUCAACAGUUAUGUCGAAGAACAUUUCUGGAUUUUUUUCACAGUUGAGACAUAUACCACAGUUUGGAUCCUGUUGAUGAACAAUGCAUGUUGGAGGGCUAUUGAUCAUUGUCAGUUUCGUGUAUGGUUUUCUAAUCUCUUUCAAAAUGUUUAAAAAUUGGAAAACUUAGUGUAAAGUCAGUUGAAAUCAUUUAUUCAGAACAAUAAUGAGAUGGGAUUGAAAAAUGGUUUCAGUUUGUGCCAACAACUGGCUGAACCACAGACUUUGUAGCUCGGAAUGGGAUCUUUUGGCUCAGAAACUUUACUACAAGCGAUUGGUUCUGAACAAAAGUCCGAACGCUAUUGUUAUAAUGGCAGUUCUCUGUUGUUUGCUGUUUUUCUUCUUCUUAAACUGAUGGUUUAUGUGGCGAAAUGAUACUAUUAGUGGAGUAAUCUUUUGGGGUAGUUAUAGCUAUGUGCUGUUGGACUACCUUCCGCACUGGAGGCCGUGGCUAAGUACUUGGGAGGGAAAAAGAAUUUCUCUUUUACGAAAAUGGGUGUCUAAGCUUUUCUUUUUGAAUGAAAGUAUCAUCUCUCAGAAGCCAUAGCAGGAAAUGAAUGUUUUACAUUAACAAUGAAAGGGAUACGGUUCAUAAUGACGUUGUGAAGCAGUGUUUAAGUAUUUGAAUAAAAAUAUGUAGCUCCCGAAAACGUACGCCUGAGAGCUGCUUUCCGGAAAAUCGUGUGUUUUUAAUGAUAAAACACCAUGUUGGAGAGACUACGGAUUUCAGUAAUUGGUUCUGAAUCUGAGACAUGGUGUCGCACAUGUUGUGUUUUCAAUAUAAUCCAAUGAAUGAUUUAACAUGCGAUCAGCGAAGUUCCGUCUUCCUAUGAUUAUCAUGUAAAUUCCCCCCAUUGCUAUCCUAUUACUCUUUCAUUGCCAAACGUGUAAGCAUUUGUUAUAACUAGCUUCUGUAGGACUUGCCGUUACUUGUUUAAAACAGUGCUGGAUCUUUAUUUUGUUUUCUUUUCUCAAUUUAUCCAAGUAUUGUUCCAUGCAUGAUACAGGACGUGUUUGAUCAGCAACCUAUUUCUCAAUGUCUAAUAUUGCAUCGGGAGCACGAUUAUGUAGACAACAUGGAGGUGUUUACAUUCAAUUAGGAAAAUGGCAGUGAGGAAACCUCGUAGUCAGGAAAAUGUUUUUAUGCCUUUUUUGAAAGUAGUCUUCCUAAUGACGUGCUUAGAUUAGAAACAACCUCUUCCUUCUAAUUUUUUUUUUUAUUAUGUCAAGAGGAUUUGGUUUCUUUAUUAAGUUGCUGUGAGGGUGAAGGGUUGAUAAUUGGGUCUAAAGUAUAUUUGAACGCUAUGGUUGGAUAUGUCCAGGGAUGUGGGAUUUCUGUAACACGGUGGCAGGUGGAAAUUAGAAGAUAUCCAGUACUCUCUAGAUUAUGGUACCUGGAAUUGGAUCUAGUGGCUAGAUUGCCCAGGGAUGAUCCAGAUAACAUUGGGUUUGGGCAAAUUGCCUGAGCCAAGCAUUUUAAACCCUAUCUAGACGAUCGGUCCAGAUCUCUAGAAUCAGCUAGUCUCAGGAUGGCUCAGCCGCAAAGUUUAGAAAUUUGCUGGUUUUGGCUGGGAAAUUAUAAAGUCAGGAAAGAAUGCGUUUGUGACACGUCUAGUUUGAGUGCCGGCAACAUUCUCUCACUAACAGACAUUGGGAGGUAUUCCCCCCCAGUGUAUGAUCAUUACUUUUCUUUAUUUGGAGGAUUUUUUUUCUUUCUUUGUUCAUUUCUUCCUUUUUUCCUGCGUAGUUGUCUUACCCUCGUUAGAUAGCCAGUGGCUCAGGAAUAUCCAUGUUUAUGUCUGCUUAGGAGCUUUGAGACCCAUGUAUGAUUCUGUUCUCUAUAAGAAUUGAUGAUCCCUUUUGUCCAUAAAAUAAGAAGAAUAAUAUCAUGCUUGAUCUUACUAGUUUUCUUGGUAGUCAGUUUUUUUUCUAAAAAUGAUUUGUCAUUACUUCCUCAUGAGCAGUAUCCACAGUAACUUCACCCAUCUUGUUCCUUAUUUUCACCUAAUAAAUAAAGAUGAGGUUGAACUUGGAUAAUGUCUCCAGUUAGCAUUCUUCAAUCACAUCUUAUCAGUAUUUGACUUGGGGGCAAUAAUCAUGCCACUUAAUUCGUCAACUUGAAGAUAAUUUACUUCUUUCUCUUUAUCUCAUUUCAUUGGCUUUGUAUAUUAUUUCGCAUAAUAUUUUAUAAUGCUAAAUUUUCUUUAUCAUUUUCUAUUAUGGUUUUCUCAUCUUCUCUCUUCUUCACAAUAGAAUGUCAGUGACUUUUUUCAAAUGUUUUCCUGGUUUGCAUCUUUUGGUAUAAAUAAUAAUAAAAAAGUUAAUGCUCUUUUUGUGGUUCAUCUCCAGGAAAAUAGGAUAUCUGAAACUGGCAAUGAGGCGGACCUGAGAGAAUCUGUUCUUUCCUCUCAUGCAUGUUUUCUCAUUGAAAGUUUGUUUCAUAGGGAGGAGCAUAUUCGUGAUAUCUCCCUUAUUUUGUUGACUCAGCUUAAGGAUAAAUUUCCUCAGGUGGUGUUUAUAUUUGUUUUAUUAAUUAUCAAAAAUUUCAUAUUUCGUUAUCCACUAAUUUAACCAAGAGAUUCCACAAUUGUGCAGGUUUUGUGGAACUCUUCCUGCUUGGAUUCACUUCUCUUCUCAGUUUACACGGAGUUACCUUCUUCGUCUGUUAAUGAUCCUACUUGGGUUGCUGCUGCCCGCAGCCUGUAUCAAAAAAUUGUUCGUGAAUGGAUACGUGGUGCACUUUCAUAUGCUCCAUGCACUACCCAAGGCCUUUUACAGGUUUGCACGGGAAACUUGUUACUCAUUACUUCUAGGGAAUCACUUAUUGUCAGGAUCUCUUGAAUACGUUGUUGUUGAAUAUCAUGUGAAGAUUGGCGUGUAAUUUUUUAAAUUAACUUCAUGUGCGUCAUUACCUUUUGACAAAAUACGAUGGUUAUCAUUUUUCUCUGGGAAAAAUUAGGACGUCGAGUUCUCCUUUUAUCACCAGGUUCUUCAUCAUAAAAAUUCAUAUUACUAAAUUUAUACUCUGUAAUGCAUAUAUUCUUCACACUGUGGUUAUUACGGUAUCAACAUAUAUUCUGCAUAAUGUUUCAUUUUGUUUGGGUAUAUGCGAAUACGGACAGUUAUAUAUUAUUUAUGUUUAAAUAUAUAUUUUUAGUUCCAUUUCUUAUGGCACUUCUUUUUUAGUUUCAUUUCAGUAUAUAUAUUUCAAGCCUCUUUUCAGUCCAAUCAUAAUUUUUUUGUCAUAAUAAAUGUUUUUUAUUAGAAAUUGAGAGAAUGGCAUGUGAGAUGGAGUUUGAAUGAGGGAGGGAUGCAGAGAGGAAUGGUUUGAGAAGGAGAAAUCAAUUAGUCCAUUUGGAGGGAGCUAGGGUGAGAGGGAGUUGGGAAGGAAUAAGUAAGGGUUGAGAAUGUGCAGAAUUAGUUUAACCAUGUUUUAAGGGGAGGAGGGAGGGAGAGAGAAUGAGGAAGUUCAAUUCAACCUUGUUGUGGGGAGGAAAAAAUCAAUUUAACCAUUUUUUAAACCAGGCAUUUUUAUGUGCAAAACUGAUGUUAGCGGUUGCUCAAUCCUCAAACAUGUAAAAACGAAUUUCAACAUAUUUAGCAUGUAAUUUUUGUUGUUUCCAUCAAAUCCGAUUUGUAACAUCUUUGAUGUCUUUUGAUGAGACGCUGCCAUUGCCUGUGUUCUUUUUUUUUUUUCAGGAAAAGUUAUGUAAGCUAAAUGCAUGGCAGAAGACAAGACAAAUGGCAGAUGUUGUUUCCCUUCUCUCUGAUUUGCAUCUUUCUACUGGGAAGAAUGAUUGUUGGACGGGCAUUAGAACUGCAAAUAUUCCUGCAGUUAUUGCUGCCGCAGCAGCAGCCUCAGGAGCAGAUUUAAAGGUGACUGACACUUUCAAUUUGGAAGUUUUGCCAACUGCUAUAUCCAGUGCAACCCUCAAGUGCAACUAUGCUGGGGAGAUUGCUGGAAUGAGAAGACUAUACAACACCAUUGGGGGCUUCCAGAUGGGUAGUUCACCAGCAGGCAUUGUGCACGGGGUUGCCACAGGUGGCACAAGAGCCCAUGCCCAGUCCCACCUUGAGAAAGAAUCAUUUAAUGAGAUUCUUUUGAUUAAAUUUGUUCAACUACUCCAACAAUUUGUUAGCAUUGCUGAAAAAGGUGGCCAGGUGGAUAAAACAGAAUUUCGUGAAAUCUGCUCUCAGGCAACUGCAUUGCUUCUUUCUAAUAUUGUAAGUGUUUUUUUAUACACGUGCUUCUCAUUAUCAGGACCUUAUUGUCUUUCCUUUGUACUGAGUGCUGUAAUUUUUUCAGGUUGAAGAUAACAAGCUGAACCUAGAAGGUUUUUCACAGUUGUUGCGGCUUCUUUGUUGGUGUCCUGCCUAUAUUUCAACAGCUGAUGCCAUGGAAACUGGCAUAUUUAUAUGGACAUGGUUAGUUACAACUGCUCCCCAACUUGGGCCUCUCGUCCUUGCAGAGCUUGUCGAUGCAUGGCUAUGGACUAUAGACACAAAGCGUGGUUUAUUUGCUUCAGACGUGAGGUAUUCUGGGCCUACAGCGAAAUUGAGACCACAUCUUAUAUCUGGGGAGCCUGAAGCACUGCCUGAGAAAGAUCCUGUUGAAGGAAUAAUAGCUCAUAGAUUGUGGCUUGGUUUUUUCAUUGACCGUUUUGAGGUAAAUGUUUACCAUCGUUUUUUAUUUUUAACAACACAUAUUGCAUGGUUGUUCGACCAACAUAUCCUCGAACAGUUUCUCACAUUUUACAUGACGAAUAUUGAACGUUCUGGUGUUGCAAAAUUAAUUUCUUAUUUUUGAAAGUUGAUAAACAAAAAGGAGAGGGGAAAAUACAUGUGUACGCAUAUUCAACUCUGAUAAACAAACCAAAACUAUGCUCCUAGUGCUAUCGAAGUAGAUGCAACUUUCUGGUGUUGAUGCAUUAAUUGUAUAUAAACAAUAUCUUGCAUGACCUGGCUACGUGCUAUGCUUGAAAAGUGAAGUCAUCAUCCUAGUCAUUCCUUGUCUCAUGGAUUUUUGUUUGUAGUGCAAGCUAUAUGAUCUGUAAUUAGCCGUGUUUCUUGUGGUCAAGGGUUAUGGAAAUAGCCAACAAUAAUCAAGUCGGAUAUAGGGGAUGUGGUUUCGUUCUUCUGAUAAAUCCUUCAUUAGGCCAGUAUUUUGCUGCACUCCUGAAAAAGGAGAAAAGUUAUGAUGCCAAAGAAGGACAAAGAUCCUUUACGUUCUACAAAUUUGUAAACAUGGCGAAAGAGAUUCUCUGAGGUCUUGGUAUCAUAUCAUCCAUGGAACGUGGUUUCUGCAUAGAAACUCUUUAAAAAACAAAUGCCUUGAAGAUGAUUUUAUAUGUAGGCAUCAUAGGUCUUAGCUUUGAAAACUAAUUGAGAAAGAGAUGACACGAUUCUCUACAUGUUAGUGGGGUAUACAGUUGUAGACCAGUAAUGCGUAUGCUAUAUUUGUUUAUUGAGACAUUGAUCUGUACUUAUCACUUGUCUGCCUCUGCUAUAACAAUGAUGUGGAAAAUCCGGUCUACUUAGUUGACUGAGCGUGUACAUUCUGUAAUAAAUAACUUUGACUGUAAAGCUACUGCAUACGACAAAAUUUAUUUUGUUUGGAACUCACGUUUUUCAUCAUUCUAUUGUUUGUUAUUGGCAUUUUCUGUUUUAACGUACAGGUCAUUCGUCAUGAUAGUGUUGAACAACUUCUGCUUCUGGGCCGUAUGUUGCAAGGAACUAUGAAAUCACCUUUUCAUUUUUCUCACCAUCCUGCUGCUGUUGGUACUUUCUUUACUGCAAUGCUUCUUGGACUCAAGUUCUGUUCAUGCCAGUUUCAGAACAAUUUGCAGAACUUCAGACUUGGUCUUCAUUUACUAGAAGAUCGGGUCUAUCGGUAAGCCUUCUGAUUUCCUUCCUUUCCGCAUUCCUAGUGGCCACACUCAUUGGUUGAUUGAUGUAUUUUGUCGGUUCCUGCUUGAUAACAUUUGGAUGGAUUCAUUCCCACCUCUUUGCUUCAUAUUUAGACGUACAAAAAUUGUUCGGUAUUUUUUAUGCAUCUGUAGCAACCGUUCUGUUGGGUUGUUGAUUGGGAUGGCGUUUUGAGUAAUGUUGAUAAGUGAAUUGAUAGAGUAAUUGUUAGAGUACUUGAUAGAAUAAUUCCUUCUAGCCAAUUUUACAAUCUCUAUUUCUAAGAGAUAUUCUCAUGUGUGUUUUGAACUCUUUAUUUGUUGAAUGGAGCGUGAUUGUAGAUCUUUAUAGAGACUACCUCCAAUAUGAUAAACAAUCCACACUUUUAGUGAAAAAAAUUAAAACACGGUUGCAUGGUUAGGUUUGUCUUGUGCUGAUAUCACGUUUGUCUCAGGUUUGUCUUUGUUAAUGAUUUCUGUACUGCUAAUAUAUUCCACUAUCUUGAUGUCGUACUUUCCUUGCACUUGUCUGCAUUUUCCUUGAGCCUAAUUCACAGUUCGCUAUGCAGUGCUAGUUGUAUUGUUCUUUUUGCACGUCUUUUGUCCAUAACAAGUAGCCCUUUCUUUUUAGUGCAUCAUUGGGAUGGUUUUCUCAUGGACCUGAGUGGUACGAGACAAAUGAUAAGAGCUUUUCUCUGAGUGAGGCACAAUCUGUUUCUAUAUUUGUCUCUCUCAUGAAUGAGCGAUCAGAUGUCCCCCAGACCGAAUCAACUUUUAAAGGACGAGGACGUGAAAAUGAAUUGACUGAAAUGGUAAGACAAUUACUUUAGCUAUGUGAUAUGUCAUGCACUAACUAGAGUUUUGGAUGCUCUGUUAAUAUUCAUUUCACUUCUCCCCCCAUUUAUCUUGUGUUUUACAGAUGGAUCAAUGCCAUCCAGUUUGGGGCCAAAUGGAUAACUAUAUCAUUGGGCGAGGAAAACGGAAACAUCUGCUUUCAAUGCUGUGCCAGCAUGAAGCUGACAGACUUGAAGUUUGGGCGCGGCCCUUGAAUUCAAAGUAUUUGCCAUUAUCUUUAGGUUUCUAGUCAUCUGUGUUUUACAGUUUUGAUUAUAUUUGAUGUUUUUUUUAUAUUAUUGAAAUAUGUUGAUUUGAAAAUCUUACUCCUGCAUGACUCUUUCAGGGAUAGCUCAUUUUCCCGUACUAAGAUUAGCUCUGAGAAGUGGACUGAUUAUGUGAGAACUGCAUUCUCUGUGGAUCCUCGGAUUGCCAUAUCACUAACUUCCAGGUUUCCUACAGUGUCUGCAGUGAUCUCUGAAGUAACACAACUGGUUCAAGUAUGCAGCUUGGCCAUAACAUUUGGUUUAUUGAUUAGAGUAUUUCAUAAUGUUUCCUGCGCUAAUUUUUUUAUUCAAAUUCUUCAAAAUUAUAUUGAUUCCUCUUUGAGAUACCAUUGAAAUAUGAUUGUAGGUUGCCAUUGAUAAAAUUUAUAAAUUUUCUAUAGAGUAUGAAUUCUUCCAUAGGCUACAGUUACUUGAGUUGUUUUUUUAGAUGAACUCAUGAAAACUUGUCACUGAAUGAUCAAUUUCGAUGUGGCAAGUUAAUUAUCGAAGUAUUUUAUUUGAUUAAAAAAUAAUGAACAUUAUUCACAAACUCUGGUGUUACAAUGUUGAGACGAGUAAUCUGGACUAAGCAUUAUUCGUGCCAGGUGUUUCUGGGUAUUAAAAGAAAUAGCAGAUAUACGUGGUAGCCUGACUAGUCAACAUAGAUGUAAUUGAAAGACAGAUGCUUGCAUAGGUAGAUGGGUGGAUUGGGAAAUUCUUGUUAUUUUAAUGUACCUGAAAACAUGUAUGACGCCAAGCAGGACUUUGGUUAAAACAGAGAAUCCUAAGGUAAGGCAGGGGAACCAUUGCCUUAAUGACUAGAUAAGGUGCUAGACGAGACCUAAGUUUACAGAUUUUACACCUUUAUUAUGAAAUAUUGAUUAAUUUUCAACCGAGUGUCCAAUAUGAUGAGGUACACAUGUGUCCACACAGUGGUAAUACUACCAAUAAAUGUUCACAUUAAAUAAUCUUAAAUCAUUCUUGCAAAGUUGUAUGAAGAAUUAUUUAAAAUUUUACUGUGAGAUCAGUUUUAAUAUCAAAUACAGUAAUUCAGAAUAAAUUUAUAAAUAAAUAAAUUUGAGACAGCACCUGUAUGUUAUUUGUCUAAGCAUGAGAAAUUAAAUAAAUGAGGGCCUAGCUUAUUUUAUUACAAUAAUAUUUUAAUACAUAAUUUAAGAUAAAUGUAAUUGUAAAAUAUAAAUAUAUAAAAUACAUAAAAUAAUUAAUUCAAAAAAUAAAAUAUGAAUGUGAUUGCCACAUUACAUGUUCGUUGAAUACUCAUCACAGAGUAUGACCGAAUGCCACAUUAUCAGCCAACCUAAGUGGUGAGCAAACAGUCUAAAAACACCUGGCAAAAAUUUAAAUGAUAGGAUUGCUGAAGAAGUUGGUACCUUUAAAAUUAUAACUCUACGUCAUGGAAUGCAAAGUUCUUCAAGUCAUAAAGCGUAGAGUUAUAAUUAUAACAAAGAAGUUGUUUUGCAUUCCAUGAAAAUUUUCUCAAAACUCAUUUUAGCUACCUGAAAGAUGAUUCAUAAAUUUUUAUUGAAAUAUAUUUAAUUCUAAAUCACACUUUUGCUAUAUUUUCUUCCCUUUUUAUUUGAAAUGAUGAUUCUUCUUAUUUGGCUUGGCUCGUGUUCUCCUCUUUUUUUUCUUUACUGUUUAUGUAUACAUUAAAAAAAAUUAUGGGAAGGAAACGAGUCUCUAAAACAUGUCUUUGGCAGUUGCAUGUAUUGGAAAUUCGUACUAUACCAGAAGCAUUGCCCUUUUUUGUAACUCCAAAGGCAGUCGAUGAAAACUCGGUGUUACUACAGCAAUUACCGCACUGGGCUUCUUGCUCUAUUACACUUGCUCUAGAGUUUCUAACUCCUCCAUUCAAGGGUCACCCGCGUGUUAUGGCUUAUGUGCUCAGAGUUUUGGAGUCUUAUCCUCCAGAACGGGUCACCUUUUUUAUGCCACAACUAGUCCAGGCCUUACGUUAUGAUGAGGAGGUAAUAUUGUACAGUUUUUAACAGUAUUCUUGCGGCAUUUACCUUUGAUUCCAUUGCUUGAAGGUGUAAUUUUUUCUUGCAUUUCUCAGCACCUUUAUUCAUUUGUCUUCCUGGAAAAUUCUGCAGAAAUUAGUUGAAGGAUAUUUGCUUGGAGCUGCUCAAAGGAGCAAUGUAUUUGCACACAUUUUGAUAUGGCAUCUACAGGUAGGUCUUGUUGUAUCCAUGAUGUAUAUCAAGUUCCUCCUUAUUGAAGACAAUGAUGGCUGGUUUUGCAGUUGGUUCAACUUUCCUCGACAUGUUCCCACACUAAAUUACUAACCCAUAGUUUCUUGUGAUUCUAAGGCAGUAUACUUGAUUCAUGUAUAAAGAGGUGCAGAAAAUUGAAACCAUGCAAGGCUUACCCCUAGCUACAGUUAUGGAUUUAUAAUUUGAAUCACUUAGUUUCUAGGAUAAUGUGCAUUAGGUUGUGCUAUUUGCUAAAAGACAAAUGAGAACCUGUUUCGUGCAAUUUGAAAAUUUAUUGCCUUAAAUUCGCAUUUGCACCUCUGUGACAAAAACCAGCAGCCAUUCAUUUCUUUCAUGGUGUUUGUGAAUAUUCGUUACCAGCACUUUUAUUUGUUGGAGACGCAACGUAUUUACCUCUCAAGUUCUAAACUAAUUCCUAUUCGAAGCCCUGAAGUUGGGGAAUUAAUUUUUGGACGUGACAAGAAUUGUAUUGGUCAUUACUUAUUCACAUAGGCAAGCUUGUGAAGCACAAUGUACUGUUCUCCAUUCGCUCAGCCAUUCAAGACUUUAAUAUUGGUAAAAAAUGUAAAAUAAAACUCCUUAAGACAAGUUUAAGUUUAUGAGAUCUUCUCUAACUGUUCAACGAAAUAUGCUGCCAUCGAUGACACCUAAAAGCCAUGCACUCAGAUGUUUGAGCUUCUGGGGAGUAUCUCCAAAAUUAGGUCAUGUUAAUUCAAUAAUAGAGGGAUUCUACUUUGAUUUUGGCCAUCAUAAUCACAUAUGUUUAAUAUUUCUUUCUAUUCUAGCUUUCUUUUGUUGUCACGAAUAUUGUAUUUUGAUAGGGUGAGACAUGCGGCCCAGAAUCAGGAAAGGAUGCUGUUAAUGCUAAGGUGAUCGCUCUUUUCAUAUGUCACUUCUUCUUGACUUUUUAUUAGUAUUUUUACGGUUUACCUUUCCUGUAUCUUGUUUGGAUUUGUAAAGGGACAGUCAAAAUUAUAUUCAAGUAAAAGCUUGAGAAUCUUUACUUCCAAGUUAGCUUACAGCAUGUAGACGCACUGUGAUAUUACAAAAUUGGAAAUAAUACUUAUCGUGAACGGUAGUGCAAGCCAGAGGAGGCUAUGCAGCGGAAAGACUCAACUCGUAUUCACAUCAUAGAUGCUUUUAUAUACGAGUGCCAGGCCAUAAAACAAGGAAACUACCUAACAACCAGGAAACCGACAAACUAGGAAACGAACGAACAAACUUGGAAACGGUCCAACUAAAAACUAAACUCCUAAUUAUACGUUAUUUCCUACAAUGUUUUACAUUGAGAGAAAAUCGCUCAAAACGCGAACACUUAUGGUAAAUAGGUGCUUAGAAUUUCAUGCCUUCUCUUUCUGACACUCUAGGAAGCUCUAGAAGGAUUUUUCAUUUAUUGACUAAAAUGGCGCCGUAUUCGUGCUUUUCUAUCGAGUUAACUUCAGUUAACUAUGGUCACUCUUUCAAGAUCAAUACAGGAGUUUCUUUUGCCAUUUUGAAUAUCUAUAUACUACUCGAGUUUUAUUCUGGUAGCGUUUCAUUAUUUGUGGUUCUUCAACGUUCGCAAGAAUGUUAUAUGGAAUAACUCGUGAUUCUCCAAGGUAUGACAAAUCUAGAGUCUGUAUUGAAUACUUUCCAUCCUAUUCCAGAGCUAUGGUCAUUCGUUUCAUGUUGGAAUACGAUGUAAUCAAUUAAUCAAUCAAUCAUGUCUUGAUCAUUGGAUGGCAAUUUGUUUCCAGAAAUUGAAAAAGCUGUCCAUAAUAUCUAUAAUCACCUUAUCUCAAUAAACUUUAAAAACUCUCAAACACUCUCACCCAAAAUGUAAAUUGAAGGAUAUAUGCUGCGCUCAAAAUUGAUCAAAAAGUAUUAAUUUUCCUAAAAAGCUACUACUUCAUAUAAUGCUGAGCCCAGCUCAGUCCAACCCCUACCUCCCUGAGUGCACUCCCAUUUCACUUGGCUUAUACAAAUAAAACGUGUCAAAGUAUCUCUGUAUACCUUGUCUCCAAUUUAAUCUGCAUCGUUUCUCCAACUUUACCCUAGUUACUUUAUACCAGCUAAAAUCAUUCGUGGUCAACUUUCACAAAAUUUCUGCAUCUUCUGGUAGAUAUCCAGUGGAAAAAAUCAUCAAAUAAAUAAGUGAUCCAUGGGUUCUCUGUGCAACACUGUUGCAUGUACGUUUACUGUUCUUUAAAAAGAGUAAUUUUAUUGUCAGCCCUUCAUUAAUUACCACUCUACAAGUUAUUAAGAGACAAUUGUUGCCCACUUUCUCUUAUAUUGGCUUUUGCUUGUCUUUAUUUCAGAGCAAUGCGUUUCAAUCACUGCUCCCUGCCAUUAGGCAGAGAAUUAUAGAUGGUUUCAGUCCUGAGGGACGUGAUCUUUUCCAAAGGGAGUUCGAAUUUUUUGACAAGGUGACUUCCAUUUCUGGUGUGCUCUUCCCAUUACCUAAAGAAGAACGCCGAGCGGCUAUCAGAAGGUAUUACCUUUUUCCCAUUAAUUCUCAGCAGGUUCAUUUACUUCCAAGUCUUAUGAUUGUGAUAAUUAUAUCCAGGGAACUUGAAAAGGUCAAAGUUGAGGGUGAAGACCUGUAUCUGCCAACUGCUACAAACAAGAUUGUUAAAAGCAUCCAGUCGGACAGUGGGAUUCCCUUACAAUCGGCUGCUAAAGUUCCAAUAAUGAUUACAUUUAAUGUCACGGACAGGGAUGGCGAUCCAAAUGAUAUAAAGCCACAAGCCUGCAUAUUUAAGGUAUGCCAUUAUCUGAGUUACAGCUUGUGAGGAAAGGUAACGGAGGGAGGUGUGAUAUCUAAAUGGGAAGCGGAAAAUUUGGAAGGUGGAUGGAUAUCUCCUGGAUAUUAUAGUGAGGAAAAAUGAUUCCUCGGAGGGAUUUCACAAAAAUGGAGUCUAAUGCAGAAAAGCUUAAGAAAAAUUCGGAGAUCAGUUAAUGACAGUGUUUAGGUGAUUGGAUAAAAGGGAAAACAUAAGUUAAGGGAAACUAAAAUAAGAGAACGUUAUUGUGGAUCUUGGAUCUGUUCAUUGACUAUCAGUAAGGAUCAGUGUUUUAUGUUUUCACGAGUAUGUUCAAUGUCAUGAAAUGCUAAAAUUUUUAAGAUUUCUAUCAUGGUUUGUGUUCACGGUUAUAGACGCUUUAGAUCAACAUUAUACUGUUCAUUUGGGUACCUUUUGAUCCAGAAAGACUGCUGGUCGAUAUUACUUUUUUCCCGAUGCAUAAGGUAGAUGAAUUUUUGGCAAAUUUUACUAUAUUCGUAAAUACACGUUUUUACUACACUCUUGCUUUGUAUCUUCUACCUCAAUUUUUUUGGUUGUUCUCGUCUUAUCUACAGCCUCACCUGUGAUUAUACACAUUGUACUUUAUGUUGAUUCAGGUUGGAGAUGAUUGUAGGCAAGAUGUGCUUGCACUUCAGGUGAUUUCUCUCUUAAGGGACAUAUUUGAAGCAGUUGGUCUAAAUCUCUACCUGUUUCCAUAUGGUGUUUUGCCCACCGGACCUGAGAGGGGCAUUAUUGAGGUAAGCCUUUUUAUCUUGAUCUAUUCACCUCCGGAAUGUGUGGAAAAUAUUUUUACCCAAACAAUCGUUGCUGUGAAAUAUAGCUCAAAUAAAAUCCUAGGCUCUUUACUCUUUAGUUUUUUGUGCAGCUGAGGAUUCUCUCAGAUUAUAUAGACUGAUGUAUAAACUGACGUUAUAUUGUACAGAUUCAGGUUACUAAUUUCAGAAUAUUUGGGCAUGUGAAGAAUCAAUGCAUCAAAAUAAUCUCAGCUCGGCGUUAUAUAUGAAUCUGAUUCAGCAUCCCUAUUUAUAAUUUUAGCAUAGUAAUACUAUGUUUUCAUUUAUUAGGUUAUUCAUAGGUAUCCAUCAUAAUUCUCUUUAACUAUGCGUGAAUGAUACAUAAUUUGAGAAAUACAUGGUAACAUGCAUGCUAUAUGCGGUAUAUGUGGCUAUCAUCUAAUAUUAAUUUUGUUUAAAACCUUAUUUAACCUUCAUUUGAGAGAGCGGAGGAUUCAUCGCUCCCCAAAGAAAAAGUGACUAAAAUUCGUCACGGCUCUCGAAUGAUUCCUUCUCCCAUUCGUAGGAAAAUACAGGGGAUUCGUACUUAGAUUCCUCGUAUAGUAAUAUAUAAGACUGAAUAUCUGAUCCUGGUGCAUGGUUUACCUGAGAUCCAUGAUUCUAAAUGUGCUUCAUUGUACUGCGGCAUCAGGUCGUUCCAAACACUCGGAGCAGAAAUCAGAUGGGCGAGCUCACUGAUGGCGGGUUGUAUGAGAUUUUCCAGCAAGACUACGGACCUGUCGGCACUUCGAGCUUCGAAGCUGCCCGGGAGAUGUUCAUCAUCAGCAGUGCUGGCUACGCGGUCGCCAGCCUUCUGCUGCAGCCCAAGGACCGGCACAAUGGCAACCUUCUCUUUGAUAAGUAUGCUUCUUCCUCGUCUCCUUUUUGGCCCCGUUGUGGUGUAUUGUUUGUUGGCAGGCGGCGAUUGACCCCGGGUAAUGGUCAAACAGUAUGGGGAGACUAGUUCAUAUUGACUUUGGAUUCAUACUGGAGACAUCGCCCGGUGGCAACAUGCGGUUCGAAAGCGCCCAGUUCAAACUGAGCCAUGAGAUGACUCAAUUGCUUGACCCCUCCGGCUCCAUGAAGAGCGAAACGUGGAAUAAAUUCGUCAGGCAAGUUUAACCCUCUCUCUCUCUCUCUCUCUCUCUCUCUGUAACCCCUCCUCAUUUCCUCACUGAAUCCCAACUCAGCAUCUAGAACACCACUUUGGUUGAAACAUGGAAUAAAUUCGUCAGGAAAGCUUAACCCUCUCUCUCUCUCUCUCUCUCUCUCUCUCUCUCUGUAACCCCUCCUCAUUUCCUCACUGAACCCCAACCCAGCACUUAGAACACACUUUGGUCGAAACAUGGAAUAAAUUCGUCUGGCAAUUUUAACCCCUCUCUCUCUCUCUCUCUCUCUCUCUAACACCUGCUCAUUUCCUCACUGAAUCCCUACGCAGCAUCUAGAACACCACGUUGGUUGAAACAUGGAAUAAAUUCGUCAGGAAAGCUUAACCCCCUCUCUCUCUCUCUCUCUCUCUCUAACACCUGCUCAUUUCCUCACUGAAUCCCUACGCAGCAUCUAGAACACCACUUUGGUUGAAACAUGGAAUAAAUUCGUCAGGAAAGCUUAACCCCCUCUCUCUCUCUCUCUCUCUCUCUAGCCCCGCUUCAUUUCCUCACUGAAUCCCACCUGAUCUUGUCACUUUGGUUAAGUAUCGGAUGAUUUCACCUCGAUAUUUCAAUUAUCUCCCUCCUCCACAAUGGUUCUGGAUGAAAUGCCGCAUCGUUUUAAUAUAAUCCACGAAUAGAACAGCUGGUCUCGAUCAAUUAUUCUUAUCAUUAUCAUUAUUAUUUCAAGUAAUGAAUUAAUCCCAAUCUUCUUCUUCUUCUUCUUCUUCUGGGUUCGAUCAGUCUGUGCGUGAAGGGGUACCUGGCGGCCCGGCGGCACAUGCACGCCAUAUUGACGACGGUGCUGCUGAUGGUGGACAGCGGGCUGCCCUGCUUCAGCCGGGGCGACCCCAUCGCCAACCUCCGGAAGCGAUUCCACCCGGAGAUGAGCGACCGUGAGGCGGCUAACUACAUGAUCCGCACCUGCGGAGACGCCUACAACAAGUGGACCACCGCCGGCUACGACUUGAUCCAGUACUUGCAGCAAGGCAUCGAGAAAUAA